UUUGCAUAAAGGUGUUUAGACAUGGCGGACGAGCCUUUCGGUGUUGACUUAUAACUUGUGUGUUUAUUAUUUAAGAUUACUAAUAUGGAUGACAAUGACCGAUUUAAACUAGAACUGGAUGACCAGAAAAAGAAUAUUUUUGUUACCCAGUUGCACGAAAGAGAUGAUGAGGACCAUGACGUCACAUCUUUCCCUGUGGUCAAAGAGACGGGGGGUCAGCUGCUGGAGACAGGCAUCAACACCUUCCAGAAAACCCUGCUGCUGAAGAAAGAGGUUGAGGUGGCCAAGGUGGAUGCCGAGCUGGAGAAAUGUCGGCAGCGCUUCCGUCAGAAGAUGGAGGAACUACAACAGAGAAAGCUCAAUGUCCAGAAAAAAAGACAAAUGAUGAACAAUAAAAUGGCCAAAUUUGACAAGUUCAUCAAGGACAAUGACGCUAAGAGGCGGCGGGCCAUACAGAAGUACCAGAUCGAGGUCCUACUGAAAGAGCAAAAACAGACGGAAUACGAACAACUCUGUGAACAACUGGCUGCCCUUAAAAAAAGGAAAAGCUAUUUGGAAAGGAAAGUAAACCAGUACAAAAGGUUUGAAGAGUAUCUCCUGAAAGUCAUCGACAUAAUGCCUGAAGAUUACAUACAAGAUGACGAUAAGAUCAAGGGCCUGAUGAUGAGACACAAGACACUGAGCGAGUCCAAUAAAGAUCUCGUGGAUAACCUGGUACACAUGGGAGAUGAGAUUGAACACCUGAAAAAGAAACUAGAUGACAUGAAAACAGACCAUGACAAAAGAAAAGUGUCCAUAAAUAGCCACCUUGCCAAACUCCAGAAUCAGCAAGAUAAAAGACAGGACUCCAACAAGCAGCAAGAACAGCAGUUUGCCUCCAACCAAGGGGACAUGAGAAAGCGGAGAACUGAGCUUGGAGUUAUACUUAUGGCCAUAGACAACAUUACAGAGAAGUGCUUGAAGCGUCUGGACUCCUCAAUGGAAGAUAUGACUCUGGAGGAUAAAUUACAGAAAAUCGGGGCUUACCUUCAGGAACGGGAAGAUGUCGCUCAAAUGGCAGCGCCCUCUAGCAGCUCAAGCCCAAAGGGUAGCACAGAUCCUCACAAGUCAAAGGUCAAAAAGAAGGUCAUGGUCACCGGCUGAACUCUUUAUCUUUUGUAUCAUUUUUGUAAAGUCAAACAGAAUGCUUGUAGAAAUAUAUGUAUGUAUGUACAGUACAAGCUUCAUGCAUUUACCCAAUCAAGUCCAAAUGCACAGAAGUAGCAAAAUUUACAUUUAAAAAAAAGUAAUUUCACAAAGUCUGCACAGUUUUACAUGUACAUGCAUCGAUUAAAAAUGUCUUAACUCUUGGAUAAGAGAGAGAGAGAGGGCUGUAAUUUAAUACAAAUUGGAAUGACUGUUUCUAAUAUGCUAAAUUCUUGUCAUUUAAAUCAAUUAUUGUAAUGUAUUGUGAGGGUAUAUGUAAACCUGGUGAUGAGAACAAUCUACGCAGUAUAAUGAAGGCAGUUAAUUGAUCCCUGUAGAAAAUCCUCAAUUUUUUUCAUUUCACUUCAUUUUACAUGUCCUAUCAUUCCAUUUUAAUAUUUAAAGAAAAUGCAGUACAGUUUGGGUACUUUAAACCUACAUUGAAAAACUGAUCAUUGUGUUUUCAUAGCUAUGGAAGUUGUUGAAUAGUGCUAUCUUUGCCAAAUACAUGUAUUGAAAUAGUAUCUUUUUGAUUCUAUAUUAAAAGUUUGUAGACAAUUUAGAGAAUUUUCUAUUAGGUUUUUUUUUGUUUUUAGUUAAGGAAAAGCAGGGCGUAUAUACCAGUAUAUAGGUGUAAAUGUAUUAGUAUAUAAAUCCCUGGUAAAAGAAAUUAGGUUCUUAGAUCACUAAUUGAUACAGAGUGGUACGUGUCACACAUUUUAUUGAUGUCCUGUUUUCAGUAUCAAUGGAUUUUGAAUAUGCCAUAGAUUUAUUUUCUAUACUUUUCAUUAAAAUAGGUUAUAAAAUAAUGUUACAUUUUGUAUUUCUUUAAUUUUCAAAAAAAAGUUAUUCCUUGAUUUUUGAGAUAUUUUUUCGAUAUUAUACACACAAAUCUUAUCAUGUACUAGUCAUUAAAGAUUUGAAUGUGAAAAGGACUGAAUUCCUAUCAUUUGGUGUACACAUGUACCGGUAUGUAACAUGAUUGCUGUCAAGGUUAAACAUGAAUAAAGAAAUUAAUCCAU